UUGAUCGCGUGGGUUACACGAAUGAGAAGUGAGAUCGCAUCAUUCCUUCAAAGUUCUUUCCCUUCAUCAGGGUUCCCUUGAUCCAAACAAUUUCUGCAAAUUAUUCAACUCUUUCUUCUACUCUUCCCUGGUACUCCAUACAUCCAAAUCAAUUUCGUUCAACUGAACAACGCCACAACCUCUUCAGAUCCAUCGCUAAAGCUCUUGAUUUCAUUUUCUCACUUUCUUACGUUCUUUCAGAGAAGAUGCGUUACUAUGGGGUUUUAAUUCUCACGUGACAUGGAUUUUGGAACAAAAUUCCAGACAUUUGUUUUGAAAAAUUGGUGGUUGAAUCUUUUUGACGGAACUUGAUUAGUGUAUGUUUAGUGGAAUUAAAAAGCUUUUGAGUCUGUGUUUAGGGUUCUUGUUAUUAAUCAUUUUUAAGAAGUUAGUCAGUUCUGGAGGGUUUGGAAAUCAUGUUCUGGAGGGAACGUGAGAGGGAGAAUAAGGAACAUAACGGUGGAGUGCUUUGUGGACAAGUCAGAGUGCUCGUUGUUGGUGACUCAGGUGUUGGUAAGUCCUCUUUAGUUCACCUUAUCGUUAAAGGUUCUCCCAUUGCCCGUCCUUCCCAGACAAUUGGUUGUACAGUAGAUGUGAAGCACACUACUUAUGGAAAUUCUGGCAGCUCUUCAAGUAGCCUCAAAGGUGAUUCUGAGAGAGAUUUCUUUGUUGAACUGUGGGAUGUAUCAGGACAUGAACGAUAUAAAGAUUGCCGAUCUCUCUUUUAUUCACAGAUUAAUGGUGUAAUUUUUGUUCACGAUCUUUCACAGAGAAGAACAAAGACUAGUUUGCAGAAGUGGGCAGCUGAGAUUGCUGCAACUGGGACAUUUUCAGCUCCUUUGGGAUCUGGCGGCCCUGGUGGUCUUCCUGUUCCAUAUAUUGUUAUUGGUAACAAAGCUGAUAUUGUUGCAAAAGAAGGUGCGAGAGGAAGCAGCGGGAAUCUUGUUGAUGUUGCACGCCAAUGGGUCGAGAAGCAGGGUUUGCUUCCAUCCAGUGAGGAGCUUCCACUGACUGAGAGUUUUCCUGGUGGUGGAGGCCUUAUUGCAGCAGCAAAAGAAGCAAGGUAUGAUAAGGAGGCUGUGAUUAAGUUUUUCCGCAUGUUGAUUAGGAGAAGAUAUUUCUCAGAUGAAAUACCUGCACCUACAUGGUCCAUUCCUUCACCUCAAAGAUCUUCUCAGCGAAUAGAUGAAAUAUCUUCUCAGCGGAUAGAUGAAAGUUUUAUCGAUGAUGAUCAGUCUUAUAAUGCAGGUCGAAGCAGUGAUCCGUACAAGUAUAACAUGCUUCCCCCACUUCCGGCUCAACGCAAUCUAACUCCACCACCCACACUCUAUCCUCAACAACCAGUUUCGGUCUCUGAAAGCUACAGUUACCCUAGAUUUUCUUUGUCUGGUUCGUCAGAAAUGAGUGCUUCAUCGAGAACAAAGCGCUCAGAUAUUAAUGUUUGAAGAUCUUUGUAUUUUGGUAAUUGGUUGCCGCUAUUGCACUGAUAUGUCUUCUUACAUGGAGCAAAGUUAUGUUUGUUUUGUUUCUUUGUUCCACUUGUAACCUGUCCACUGAUUCAUUCAUUUUUUAGAGGCUUUCUCAGUGGGGAGAAGGUGCUACUUGUUCAAAGUUUGAGGAGAGUUUAAAUGAUAUAUGGUCGAUUCUUUAAUAUAUAUCUUUCUUUUUCUGCCCUUAGUACUGUGCAUUGUACUCUGUUAAUAAGAUUGAUUUUCGGAGUCUUAAAUUGGCCUUAGAAACAGCUUUUGUUGAUUGAUGUUAAACUCAAUAAAUUGGAAUUGAACUUUUAUUUC